AUGGCAACUCUGAAAGAUGCAGCAGCAAGGAAGCCUGUACUGGCAACAAUCCGUCUUAUCGUCCCAGCUGGUGCAGCCCGUCCUGCACCUCCAGUUGGCCCAGCACUUGGUUUCUAUCGGCUCAAUUUGAUGGCUUUCUGCAAGGAUUUCAAUGCCAGGACCCAGAAAUACAAGGCAGACACUCCAAUGCAAGUCACCUUAACUGCCUACAAGGAUAGCACCUUCGAGUUUGUGGUCAAGUCGCCCUCAGUAUCAUGGUUCCUCAAGAAGGCAGCAGGAAUAGAAACCGCCAACAGUCGCCCAGGCCACAGCAAUGUAUCAUCCCUCACUCUCCGCCACGUGUAUGAGAUUGCAAAGUUGAAGCAGGCUGACCCCUUCUGCAAGCACAUGUCGCUUGAGGCGCUGUGCAAGUCCAUCAUUGGCACAGCCAACUCCAUGGGUAUUGCGAUUGUUAAAGAUCUAUGA